GAAUUUCUGCUUUGUAAUCUGGUUUUCUGGUUCUUUUUAUUCGCUAGGACAUUUCACCAAGAUGGGUGAACAAAUGUCUUUGAAAAUCGCCUACGUAAUCGCGCUGGUGGUCGCCGCAGUUUUGGGCAUAGUGGCUCUUGGACUUAAUGACAAUUUCGGAAAGAGUUCAGUCAGCAGAAUUCGGUGCUCUGACGCCUUCACAGUUAUUGGCGUUAUAUUGCUGCUAGGUGCGGCGAUUUUAUUCCUAGUUAUCAUGUUUCUCAAAACGGAUGCAGCGCGGAUUAUCUUCAUCGUGACUCUUGUUGUCGCGGCAGUUGGACUAAUCAGCUACAUCAUCGCCUGUGGCUGCUUGUUUCAGGGAACACCCGGCUAUCCAUCAUGGCUAUUAUCGGCUUUGUGGGUAUCAAUCGCAGCAGUUGCAAUAUCGAUUACCUUUAUAUUCAAUAACCCACUCGAAUAAUCCCAAUCUACCAUAAAGUUCGUCGUAAUUUUCUUGUUGUUUUUCGUCAAUUUAUUUUGUGCUAGUUUGGCUACGUCAGUAUCUGUAAGACAAAAUCACCACUUGUUAUCACUUGCCAUUUUCGCCGGUUAGGCAGCAGCUUCUCGCCCUAGCAGUUCUUCUUUCUGAAGCCACCGAUUCUUGAAACAUUUAAGCAUGUAGUCUAAUAUGAAACCGAAGAGUGGAAGACCAUCGGUGUUUAUAUGUAUGGAGUUUCCAAACAUAAGCAUCUAUGAAACUGAAUCACUCCACUGUUGAAAAGCGUAUAACAGAUGAAGGCGAAAAUCUAGCAGCAAUUUUAGUCGCGCCAUCGAGUUGGUGCUAUUGGCUGUAAGGAACCAAAUUGGCUUUUCUUGAAAAACUUAUUACGUCAUGAUCAACGGAUUCAUGUAAAGCGCUUUCGAACCUUCUGUUCAAACCGUUUGAGAUAUAUUCAUGCAUCUUUGAAGCGAUUGUUUUCUUGGGUCUGGUGUGGUUAUUCUGAAGAUAAAAAGCGUUUUGGAUUCUCUUUUUGAACUAAAGAAUUCUAAACAAUAUUCGUGUAACUUGUGUCAGAAAUUAAACCUGAUGCACCGAAAAUCAAGUGAAUUUUUGAAUGAAAUUUACUUUAAGGGAAAAUAAAAGUCA